CGUAAUGACUUCAUGUCCGACUUCUUUAUGAACUUCCUCAUGAACAGUUGGCGUCCGAUACUUGACGCAAGGCUGAGGACUCGAGAGUUUUCCUUACUCGCAAAUAUGGCAUGAAACUAUGCAACAUCAGAUAGUUAUCGCUUUCCUCCUGCUCCUGUCGAUAGGGGCAAGCCAAUUUGCGUUUGGUAAGCUUCAACUCGAUACCGAGGUGGUGGCAGCGAGUGGCUCGGAGCUAUAUGGCGCCUUUAUUGCACCGUGGGUGCUCACCAUAUACUUGGGCGCCCGUGUAAGCGUGUCAGCCUCCGACUGGGCCGCGCAAGUACAGCUGACACGCAAUGUGACGGUCCUGCCCGCUCCGGAGCUCACGGCAUGCUGCAUGGCGGUCUUGGACUUGCAGCACCUGCCGGGGCGACUGAUGAUGAAGCCCGGAGUGGAGCUGGUCUUCCGGGGAAUAUACUUUGUCAACGCGCACAUGCCCACCGGCAUGACCCUGCCCUUCUUCGCGGACAGCCCCGGCGCCCGGCUGGUGUGGCAGGACACCGCCUCCUACCGCCAGGUGGGACUGGCCGUGGCCGCCUCCAUCACCUACCUCACCUCGCUGCCGCGACCCGCCUCCGACCCGGGGCCGCAGCGCGCCGCGCUGCUGCCGCCCGGCGCAGCCUGCUUCACCACCGCGGCCGCCACCACCGCCGCCGGCACCGUCGGAGGUAGCAGCAGCAGCCCCGUCGGCGCCGGCGGGGACGCUGCUGUCGCAGGCAACAACAGCAGCGGCGGCAGCAUCACUGCCGGCGGCCUGCGGCCGACGCGGAGCUGUGUGCCGUACCCUGUAUCUCUGUCGUACGAUGUGGUGGUGGACGUGGGCGUCGACACCAGCGGGGCCAGCAUGGGGGUGUCGUACGGCGGGUACGUGCACGUGGCACGCAACCACACCUACUGGACGCUGCACGACCUGUCGCCGGACUGCCUGCGCCUCAAGCCGCAGGCGGUGUGCGUGGCGGAGAAGGUGUCUGAGCUGACGGCGGCUGCGCGCUCGGCGCAAGAGGACCAGAAGGAGCGGUCCAAGCAGACCAUGCUGGUGGUGGCGGUGGUGGUGCCUGUGAGCGUGGCGGCACUGGCGCUGGCACUAGGCGUGUGGGCCUACCUGCGCCACUCACGCUCCUCCAGGGCCGCGGCCGCCGCGGCUGCGGCCGCCGCCGCAACGGCCGCGGCCGGCAAUCAGUCUUCUGCUGACUCCCUGCAGGACCUGGCCACACAGCCCAAGCAGGCGGGCAGCCAGGACGCAGCCGCCUUCGGGAAUGAGUGGCCCAGCAGCGGCUGGUGGAUUCACGCAGCCCAGAUAGGCAGCAAGCGCGAAGCCGACGGCAAUGACGGCGCCGUCGUCCCCGCGGGCCGCUUCGACGGCGCCGGCGACAGCGAGCACACCGGCGACUGCGGCGUGUGUGUCUUUGGUCGGGGCAGCCGCCGCAGCAGCUACAGCAGCGGCCCGGCGCCGGCCGCAGCUGCGAAUGCGGCGGCGUUGGGCUACUCAGACGGGGGGAUGGCGGCGCCGUCGUGCGCUGGGGGCGCGGGCGGCGGGCCAGCAGCGGGUGCUGGGAGCGCGGGUGUGAGUCCCGGUCGGCGCCACCUGGCGCCGGCACCAGCACCGGCGGUUAUGGCGGCGCUCGCGGGUUUGUCGCUGCCGUCUCCUGUGCUGGAUGCCGCGGGGGGUGUGGGGGCGGGUCGGCAGCUGUUUGGGGGCCUGGAUGACGGCGAGCAGCCGGUGUGGCAGCGCGUGCCGCAGACACCGCAGGUGUUGCAUGGCACUGGCGGGGCGGGUGAGGAGGUGGAGCCGGGCCCGUGCUGGAGCUCCGGCGGCGGCUCGCCGCUGCCACCUCCCGCUCAUGUCGGCGCGCCGGCGGCGGGAACAGCUGCUGGGGCGUCGCCCGACGCCGAGCACGAGGACGGUGACGGCGAUGAGACACUGCACGCCAUGGCCGUGGGCCUGGGGCUGAGCAUGAACGCCGUGGCGCAGGGCCACAGCGUGGGCCACGGCAGAGCACCCGACGAACAUGGCGGCGGCGGCGGCGGCGGAAGUACACACGGCGGCACACACGGUGGCGCGCACGACGGCUUGGGCGGCGACAGUGAAGAGGAGGAGGAGGAGCAGCAUGCGGGCGACACGGUCAUCACACUGAGGCUGGAGGCGGGCAAGGUGCGCAAAGCGCUGGCGGCGCUGGCGGCGGCGGGCGCCAUCACGCUGAACGGGGCGGCGGCGUCAGCAGUGGCGGCGGCGGUUGAGACGGCGGCGUCGACGCCGCCCAGCUCAGGACGAGGAGGCGAUACUGGCAGUGGUAGCGGCAGUGCGGGUGUUGGGAGCAGCGGCGAGGGAGGGCUCCAGGGGCGGGGGGCUGAGGACCGGGGUGUGGGGCAAGCAGCGGGCGUGCCUCGGCAAGGGGGGCGUGGCGCCGGUGCAGCGGCCGGCGGCGUCGGGGGAGGCGGAGUCGGAGGCGCGCUGGAAGCAUGGGUUGAGCCUGUGGCUCUGACUGCGGAGCAGCAGGAUGCGCAGGAGCCGGCAGCGGCAGGGCCUGCUGCAGCAGCAGCAGCCUCAGCGGCUGCGGCUGCCGGUGCGGCUGAGUGCGGCGCCGCGCUGGUCGUCACGGCUGCACAGCCUGCGGUCUCGCAGUGCGCGCCAGCGGGCCUGGAACUGGAUCCGCCCGGGUCCCUGCAUCGGCCCAACGGACAGCCGGCGCCCAUCGUUUCCCUAGAGCUUGCGCCACUGGAGGAUGCGCCUACACCACGUGUGGCGCCCGCACUUCCACAGCAACAGCACCCCCGGCAGACGCAGCUGUGUGAAACAGACAUUUCCGGGGCCAAGGCGGAUGAGACGCAAGUGGUCGGUGAAACGGUUGGCGCUGCGGUGCCGCGCGCUGGUGCUGCACCUGCACCUGGUAGUUGCGCAGCCAGCGGCUCAGAGGGCACACACGGAGAGCGUGCUAGCAGCGGGCCAAUCCCUGACCCGGUGGCCGCGGAGCUGGAGCAGCUUAAGCGGCGGCACGCGGGGAUGCGGGACGUGUCGCUCCGCAUCAAGGCCGUGCUGGGCACAGGCGGCUUUGGCACCGUGUACCUAGGCGAUUGGCAAGGCCUGGAGUGUGCCAUCAAGGUCCUGGUGUUUGGCGGCAGUCGCGAGGCGCGCAAGGCCGCGCUCCGCGAGGCGGCCCUGUGCACCUCCAUCAACCACCCCAACGUGGCCGCCACCUACCUGGUCGACCUGCAGCCGCUGGUGGCCAUGGGCGACGCAUCCGCAGCCGCAAGCAGCGGAGCAGCGGGCGCCGGAGGCGCCGCUGCGCCGGAGGCGCAGCCGGACGCGUCCGGCCACGGGCAGGGGCAAGGACACAGCGCUGCGACCGCCGCGCACCAUCAUCAGCCGCCGCCUCAGCCGCACGGCCAGCAGCUCAAGACAUACCGGAUGUAUAUCAUCCAGGAGUUCUGUGACGCCGGCACGCUGCGCGGCCUUAUUGCCAGCGGAUGGCUGCUCGAGUGUGAGCCCGGCGGCCCCGCGCCGCCGCCCGUGCCGGGCCCAGAGCCCAUCUUCCCCCGCUUGCAUCCUGACUAUGAGCGGGAGGCGGUGGCGGCCGCGGUGGCGUCGGGGCAGCUGACGCUUCGCGUGCGCCUGGCUGCUCUGUAUGAGCUGGCGCUUGGCAUCGCGCGCGCCCUGGCGCACCUGCACUCCAAGAGCAUCGUGCACUCGGACCUCACGCCCAACAACAUCCUGCUGAAGCGCGACCCCAGCGCGCAGUGCGGCCUGUCGGUCAAGGUGGCGGACUUCGGGCUGUCAGUCGUUGUGCCAGACAGCCGCACGCACCUGUCCAACAGGCUGUGUGGUUCGCCGUUCUACAUUGCGCCGGAGGUGUGCGCGUUGGGCCGGCAGUCGACACAGAGUGACAUGUUCUCCUAUGGCGUCGUGCUGUGGGAGCUGUACAUGGGCACAGCCGCGGGUCAGCGCGACCUCUCCACCGGCCGCAUGUGCUAUCACCCCGCCUUCCCCAACCUGCCCACGGACUGCCCGGUGCAGUACCAUCGCAUCGUGCAGUGGUGCCUGCAGAGAGACCCUGCGCGGCGGCCCGCUGCCGCCAUGGUGGCCGCGGUGCUCCGGGAUCAGCUCAUCGCUGUCUUGGGGCUGCAGCCGCAGGGCUGGGGCAGUGGCGGCGCGGCGGGGUCAUCGGCGGGCGAGUCAACACCGCAGGCACAAGGCUGAGGCCUGAGGGCCUUAUCCCGAGGAUAACUACACCAUAUCUAUGUCAUGUUGUUUGAGACAGUGCAUAUCAUGUGUUCAAUGAUGGCAGCAUUAUUUAAAUCAAGGGACAGUGGAGGCGAGGAACUCAGCAUAGCUGGCGGUUAAUGCGGGAAUCACGGGGAACACGGUUCAUCAGGGGGAGGGCAGAGGCAGAGGCAGCACUAAGGGUGGAUGGUGGCGUACACCCCCAGUACCAGCUUUGCGCACUGGUUUGCUUUACCUGGGGCACGCAUUGGGCACAUUUGUCCUGCCAUGGCUCGCGCCAAGUGGUGUGCUGCCGUACACAUCAAGGCAGGCAUUUCCAUGAUCAUUUGACGGAUGAUGACCCACUCAACUGAAGGGUGGGUGGGCGCAGAAGGUUGUGUGUCUGUGGCAGAAGACUAGAACGAGGUUCAGGAUUGAGAUUCAGGGAUUGCUUGCAGGCGCAGUCGCGCAGCCGUCCCCGGCGCCCGCCCACCUAGCUUUCCUCCACACACUGCAUGUUGCCACAUCAUCGGCUUGUACCCAUGACAUGCAGGGAACUUGGUUUUAUGGUUUAUCAGGGUGAUUAAAGGGAGCCAUCCUGUGUGGGCGUUCCCCCUGGAGGCUGCAACACUGUCAUAGUAUAGAGUGUCAGGGUGAUGGCAGUCAGGGAUGCCGCUGUGCAAUGCGUUCUGGAGAAUGCUGAGCAUUGCAGUCCGCAGCAGGCAUUUGGGCUGCCGUGUCACACUCAAGCACUUGACAAAAUAAGUGAUUGCAUGAUGGGUGGCACGGCACCAACGUGCGAUGGCUGUUCGAACAGGGAAUUCAUGAGAGUAUGUGGUGGAUACGAGGCGACUCAGUGACAGGCUGCUCUUGCUCUUGGCAAGAACAUUUGGCGAUUGUGUUGGAACAGACGGAGAGUUACACAAGGGUACGCUGGAUUGAGAACUAAAAGAGGGGCCUUGGAGGAGCAUUGGGUAGGUAAUUGGGUUUGGGGCCACGGCUAGGCCCUAUGCAGUUCUUCAAGCAAUGCCGGCGCCUGGGUUGGAUGGGGCCGCACCAGUGGACGCCCCGGCCAGGAGUUGGGCAGCAUGCAUGGCUUGGAGGCUAGGGCCCAUGACGCCGCGAGUGUCUGCGAUAUGGCUUCCGUCAGGUUGUGUUGGGUUGUGGAACGCAAAACAAUAUAUCAGUUCGCAUCACAGGUGUCAAUUGUGCAGGGCUCUUCCGGGCAUCUGUCGCU